CCCCAUCACCUCGCCUCGCCCCCUCCCUCUCAUCAGCAUCAGCAGCAUCAUCAGAUGCGCGCAGAUCACGCUAAACAGCGCACUGGUUCAUCCAUCAGCAGCGGAUAUCUCAAGUCAGCGUGGCCGAAGAGGAGAGAGAAUAAAAGCGAGAUCAUAUUUAACAUCCGCGCGUCUCCGGUGUCUGUGGAUGGGCUGCGGACAUCUGCAGUCUCUGGCUUUGAGUCACUAAGAAGAUGGCGGACAGGGCAGAGAUGUUUUCUCUCUCCACCUUCCACUCCCUCUCUCCUCCAGGAUGCAGGCCGGCUCAUGACAUCAGUUUGGAGGAGUUUGAUGAUGAAGAUUUGUCUGAGAUCACAGAUGACUGUGGCAUAGGCCUCAACUACGACUCUGACCCUUAUGAAAAGGACUGUCUUAUUUUGGAAAAGAAUGAUUUCCACCACCCAGUGUGCUCAUUCCAAGAUGACUUUCAAGAGUUUGAGAUGAUCGAUGAUGAAGACGAUGAUGAUGACGAUGAUGAAGAAGAAGCAGAUCCUGAUGCCCCUCCCUCACCAUCUCCAUCUCCCCCUCCCUCCCCUACUCUUGGCACCCUUAAGAGCCGCCCAACCACUCUAAACCUGACUGCAGCAGUUUCGCAGGAUUCUCUAAACAAUAACAGUAACGUCUCCCCUCAAAAGUCGAGCUGGCAGGAUUCUCUUCGCAACUCAACUUCACAAGGAUGUUUGUCUCCUAACCACUCUUGCCUUGACGAUGGCUCCCAUGUGACUUCCACAUGCCCAGCGGCACCAGGCAUCACCAGCUCUCCCAAAGGUACACCCUCAAACCCAUCAGGAAACCAUCAGUCACCUGGCAGGCCCCUGCUCUAUGACUGUGAGGGCAACAGACGAGAACGGCCUGAAUAUGGCUCCUUUGGUCAACAUAACUCAUCUGGUAGCUCUGAGGUGCCUGUGGUCAAACCUGAGGGGGAGGAAUCCACUCUUAGUGAGCUUGUCACCUCUGUGGAUGACUGCACCUCUCAAUGCUCUGACACCGAAGUGGACCACGAUCUCAAUGGUCACGCCAAACGUCAACCCUGCCGCUCUCGACCAUCAAACGACACUUACACCGUCACCACAGAGACCGCCGAUGACCCAGACUUGGAAAACGAUGGCACAAGCAGGUGUUUAUCCUCAACGGCACCUCUUGGCAAUGACGCUGAGACUCCGUUAUCGGAUGAGGAGCUUGACAAAGAGUUCGAUAUUGACUUUAUGAGCAAGGAGAUCUACGAUCAAGCCUGCAAGGAAACUGAUGGCUGUUCGUACGUCGAGUUUCCCUGUAUUGAACCCAGUGAGUCAAUUUCGGUCUGUAGCUACGUAUCGUCCAGUCGAUCAGACGUCCUUGAAGCUGUGGAUGAACCACGACACGUGCUUCUGGGUCAACCUGAUGCAGCUGCAAAUGACUCCACUUCUCCUUCCUCCGAUCCUGGUAUCGCAGAUAUGAACGCCAAGCGCUUCACAGAGUCAGAUCGCCACAGCGAUGACCUUAGCUCGCCCGGAUCCGACUCCGAUAUCGAAGGGGAACUUGAGGCAGCAUUUGCAUGUGGUGGUCCACUUGUUAGUAACAUGAUUUCCUCCAUCUCAGAGACAGAGCUGGACCUGACCAGUGAUUCCAGCAGUGGACGUUCCUCGCACCUCACCAACUCUAUUGAAGAAGCCAGCUCACCAACUUCGGAUCCAGAACUGGACCAGGAACUGGACGUAGAGCAGGACAGUGGUAUUGUGGGUCUGAAGACAUCUCUUCUUCUGGGCCAACCUGAACCGAUUAAACAAGACCCUCUACCUGCCCUCGUUCCAAGCCCAGACAUGUUGCACCUGGACGAUGGCCAGGCACUAAUGGGUCUGCAGAACGUAGAUGACGAACAGGGUUAUGAGCACCAUGCUGAUCCAGAUGAGACUCUUCCCCCCUCUGUCCCUUGUGAAGAUGGCAACUCUCAGCAGUUGUUGCUGAAGAUUGAGCCUGAUCACAGCCUUGAAAGCUUCAAACGCUCUUUCUAUUUGCCCGUUGGUCCUAGGCUCAUGCCCUCUGUGGAUGACUACGAUGGCAACAGUGAGGGAGAUUCAGAGUCAGAAUCUGAGGAUGAGCUUAGUGAAAACUCAGACUCUCCUUGGCUUCUCAGCAAUCUGGUCAACAGGAUGAUCUCAGAAGGCUCGUACCCAAUAAGCUGCCCAGAAGAGUGCUUCAAACACUCAACGUCCAUCUCUGACACCAUCUCACCUUCGUCAGACCUGGAAACGGAUGCUUUUAAUGAAACUGAUGACAGCUGUUUGCCAAAGCACGAUGGUGAAGAAAAGUCCCAGGAUGUGACCUGUGAAAUGUCAGAGGUGAAGCUGGAAGAAGAGAAAGAGAAGGAAGCCAGCGGUAUGUCUGAAAAAGGACAGAAGGAUGCCAAGAGGACUGAGUCUUGUCUGUACAUGAGCAACCCCACAUAUGACACCAUUACCCCAAUGGAAAGAUACGAUACAAGAUUAAAGAACUAUGAAUCGGUUGAUUUCACAUGCCAGAACUCUUUGAAAAACAAACAGAAAGAUGAUGAUGAAGAAGAGGAGGAGCCAAAUAACGACCUGAUGAUGGAGAGAAUGAAGGAGCUGGACUCUCCCAGUUUGAGCGAGAGUAUAAUAAGCGACAAGGAUGAGGGUCGGGAAACAGGGGUCGACCAGAUCAGUUUGCAGCGAAUUACAGAGGUCAAAAACAGCCUUACCUUGGAUCUCUCAGCAGUACAGACCAAUCACUGUUUCAGUCUCACAUACUCGACAGAUAAUGAUGAAGAUGAACAGGAUACCUCUCCAUUCCUGGAGGAUCUUGAGAAGGUACCCUCACCAUACGGAAAUGAGACUUAUUUGGACAGCUCACCACCUAUCGAUGAGAGUGUGCGAGAGUUGAGGAACACGACUUCUGAUCUUGUGAACGGGCGGCCGGUCGAUGACUCGCUGGCGUACGACUCGAUGAAGUACACACUAGUGGUAGAUGAAAACACAACGCUCGAGUUGGUGAGUCUGAAACGCUGCACUUCUGUACUGAGUGAUGACAGCGAUGGACUCUCAACAAUAUGUGAUGAAGAUCAGGUGGAGGAAGAUGAAGAUGUAUAUGAGCGGGGCCAUAUGGUAGGAGGCAUGAGACCCAAUCUGCUGUUAAGCUCCUCUGAAGAAGACUCCUCACCUGAGGCAGACAUGCCAUUCUCCAAGAAGUUUCUUAAUGUGUUUGUCAACGGCACAUCGAGGUCCUCCAGCACAGAAUCAUUUGGGCUUUUCUCGUGUACUAUAAAUGGAGAGGAAAGAGAUCAGACUCACAGAGCGGUAUUCAGGUUCAUCCCACGCCAUGCAGAUGAGCUGGAGCUGGAUGUUGACGAUCCACUUUUCGUUGAGGAAGAGGAGGACGAUUACUGGUAUCGUGGUUACAACAUGCGCACUGGAGCUAGAGGGAUUUUCCCAGCGUAUUAUGCCCAUGAGGUCGUUGGUCAGCCGAAAGAUCUAAUAACAAUGAAGAGGAAUCCUGCUUGGAUGGAAAGUUUCCGAGUGCAGUUCCUGGGUUCAGUUGAAGUUCCUUAUCACCAAGGCAACGGCAUCCUUUGUGCUGCCAUGCAAAAGAUCGCGAUGGCGAGGAAGAGGACGGUGCAUCUUCACCCUCCAUCUAUCUGUGAGCUGGAAAUAAGCUUGCAAGGAGUCAAACUGGUCAUGAGUUUGGACGAUGAGUAUGACUUUUCAGGAGAGUUUGACAGAUGUAGUCACUUCUUCCAAAUGAAGAACAUCUCUUUCUGUGGAUGCCAUCCGAAAAACAACUGUUAUUUCGGUUUCAUCACCAAGCACCCAAUGCUGAACAGGUUUGCAUGUCACGUCUUCGUCUCUCAGGACUCUAUGAGACAUGUAGCCGAGUGUGUGGGGCGGGCAUUCCAGGAGUACUAUCAGGAGCACCUCGAAUAUGCCUGUCCCACCGAGGAUAUCUACCUUGAGUAGAAGAAACGGGUAACCAUGGCAACUGCUGUCCUUCACGACAGACGUCUGUUCCCGGGCUCGGCCACUACGGGGCGCCUGCCAGCCUUUUCAAAUGUAACAUAGGCCUCGUGUCUUUAUUCUCCUUCUCGGUUUCUGUCUUAAUCUCAACAUGAACUGAGCUGAAUACUCUACAUAGGCUCUUAGUGGUCUGUCUAUUUAUUUCAUCGUUUAUCGAUUUAAUUUAUUCUCCUCAUCGAGACGGAUUGCUUGUUUAUUUAACUUUUCUACUAUAUAAUUACAGGGACAUGGUUCGGGGUGUAUACAUUGGUUACAUUUCAUUUUUUAUAUAGUAAUAUGACUUCACAAGUUUGAAUGCAUGGCUUUGAGGGUUAUGCUCAUAAACACACACAUGCACACACUGAAGAAUACAAUAAAGUCUAUACAGACGAAUAAUGAUGAAGGGUUUGAAUCUGAAGACGAGGAUCGUUUGUAAAUAUGUAUUUGUUCGAUUCUGAAUCUGAUACAGUACUGUAUUAGGUUUGUACUUAAAGGAUUAGGCAGUAGGACGUGACCUGGAAUCGGUGAUGGGUCUACAGAUUGUCUGUUCCAGUGUAGUUGAAUGUUUACUGUACGUUUCUGAUUUUACCGCAGUGUAAAUAAUGUAUAAUUAGAGUGGAUUGUAGGUGAAUACAGAUGAUCUUCUUUACGGAUUAGGAUAUGUGAGUAUUCCACGUCACCGGUCUGUGGAUGAGAUAGUGGGACAGAUUGCAGGUGAUGGACUGGAUCUACAUUGAUACGGGUGAAUGAAACCAAUUCGGUCUGGUAUAUAUUUAGACAACCAAAUCUAGUUUACAUAAAGAAAAAGCCUUGUUUGAAGACCAUUAGGAUUCAUGCAAUUGCUUUUAUGUUAUAACUGAGCAUAUCCCCCCAGAAACCUUUUAAAGGGACACUCCACUUUUUUGAAAAUAUGCUUAUUUUCCAGCUCCCCUAGAGUUAAACAUUUGAUUUUUACCGUUUUGGAAUCCAUUCAGCUGAUCUCCGGGUCUGGCGGUACCACUUUUAGCAUAGCUUAGCAUAAUUCAUUGAAUCUGGAACAUGCCGACAUUGGAAUUUUAGCUUAU